AUGGAAACGACGACGGUGGUGGCCCCAACCACGGCCGGUGGACGCGUGGAAGAGUACGAGGGCGAGGAGGGCGAAGAGGAGCAUGACGCGUCGAGCAACGAUGCCGAGGGCGUUUGGUCGGUGGACAUUGAGCAAUGCUUUCAAGAGGCGCUCGCCAUUUAUCCGCCCUGCGGUCGGCGUAAAAUCAUCCUGUCCGAAGAGGGCAAAAUGUACGGUGAGUGCGUGUAA